AUGCCCGCGACCCCCGCGAUAGAAACGGCCCCAGCCGAAGUGGACGAGCGCACGACGGCCCUGUGGCGCGAGCUCGCGGACAACAGCGUCGAGUGCGAGCUGUGCAACGAGCCGUACGACGACGACGACGACAGCGCGGGCCACAUUCCGCGUCUCUUGAUCUGCGGCCACACGUACUGCCAGAGCUGCUUGGAUGGCUGGGCCGUAGCUGGGGAGCAGCCGGCGGAAGCGCUGCACGCAGAAGCGGCAGUUAAGUGCCCGACGUGUCGCCGCGUGACGCCUUUGAACCGGUCAAUCGGCGCCCGAGCGCUGCCGAAGAACUAUGAGCUCGUGCGCGCCCGUCAGGAGAUGGAAGUGCGUUCGCAGCUCCACUUGUGUCGGCUCAAAGAGGAGUGGGCGAGUCAAGUGAAGGAGAAGGAGCUCUUGGCGCGCGAAGCGCAGGAACACGCGCGCACGGCGCAGCGAGAGAGUGUGCAGGCGUCCCAGCGUGCCAUGUUUCUGGCCAAGCAAGUGCAGAUCAACGAGCAAGAGAAGAAGGAGGCACAGGAUCUGGCCGAAGAAGCGCGACACCGGGCUCUUGUAGCAUCGCAGCAAGCCGCCGUGCUCCAGACCGAGACGGAGACGCUGAAGCGCCAGCUCGAGGUUGAUGCCGCGCAGCUCGCCCGCAUGCAGCACGAUGCUUCGAGUGCUGCAGCUGUGGCGAAAGAGUUGGCGUCGAAAGCGGAGCAGCUGCAGCAGCAAGUCGACUGUGUCCGUGCUCAGCUGUCGCUGCACGCUGGUCGACACGACCCUGGGAAGUUGGUCGUGCUCGUGUGUGAACCAACGACGGUGGGCUCGUGGUUGUUGCCGUAUACGAGAUACGCUGUGAUCUGCAUUGCUAGCGAUACGGCGAAGGGCGGCCAAUCCAUUGAUCCGUACCAGGCUGCCAAGACGUGGACACGCCUUCGUCAAGUGGAAGAACCCAGCUCGUCAGUCAAGGUGUAUCGCCGAUACAGCGAUUUUGUCUGGCUGCAUCGCGAGUUGCAGCGUCAGUUCCCGUUUCGACUGGUACCCUGCUUGCCAGGAAAGCAGCUUUUCUUCAACAAAGAUAAGGAGUUUGUCGGUGAGCGCAUGCGCCUGCUGCAAGCGUUUCUGCGCGGUGUGCUCCGGCAACCGACUUUCGCCGUGACAGAAGAAGUGCGUGCUUUCUUGCUGUCGACGACGGAAGAGCUUGAAAGUCUCAGGCGUGCUACGUCGACCUAUUACGGCGGACUAGAUGGCGACGACCUGCUGUCUCUAGACGAAUAUUCACCUUGCGACGACGCGGAGUCCCGAAGUUCAUCUUCCCCACGAGCAAGCUGUCCUCCGUCAGCAUCAAGCAACACUGGACUGAGCACCUACGGCAGCAGCUGGAGUGCAUGGAGUGCCGUAUCGGCCCUCACUUCAAGCGCUGCAAAGCUAGUCACUACAACAGGCACGGCACUCACGGGUAUGGGUUUACAAACUGGUCCAGUAGGUCUCCCCGUUGACGCAGGGCUCGAGUUGUCGAGGAGUUUCGUCGAUGCAGAAGAAGAAGAAGACGCUGCGAGUCGCUUGUGCCUUGAGCGCCGUCGGAAAUACAUUGAUGUGGCCAGGUCGUACCAGUCGACCGCGAAAAAAGGAAGUCAAUUGUCCCGGGCCUCGCGGCAGCAGUCGCACCAUUUACACCGCAUGUGCGAACUACUGCAUGACAUGAACCAGCUGGAUCAAGGUCAUGCACGGCGCCGUCGGGAGCGACUCGCAGCAUCGAAGGAUGCAAGAACGUUUCAGGAUGACGAAGAUGACGAUAUGGAGACGCGGGUAUUUGACGAACGAGCAUCCGAUGUCUUUAGCGCCAUCUCUUUGAACACAAAGAACGAUGCGGACUGCAUGGAGUACGCACUGUUGGAGAUCAUGCGGAUGCAGACGCUGGAGCUGGGCGGCAUCGAGGAUGCGUUUGCGCGCGUGCGCCGCCGUGAGGAGGCGGUGCAAAUGCAGCAGCUAUCGACCGCUCCAUCCAGUAGUCCUACAACAGCCACCCUCUCGAGUGACAGCGGAGCUUCGCUAUCUGCAUUGGUCUUGAAGCGCGAAGAGCUGGCGACACACAGACGCGAACUGAACGAAAAGGUUGCAGGCUUGGAUCCCAGUCGCUCGCUUCUUGUGCUGGACGUGCUUCGUAAAAACGCUGGUGAGAUGCACAAGCUUGCAAAGACGAAACGCAAAUUGUUCCAGGCCUCGCAGCAGCAACUGAUUGGUGUGAGGCGCUAG